AUGACUCCAAUACUGCGCACAGAGAGGCUGCAGCCGAGUGAACUUCAAGCUCUGUUUGGAGAGGAGAAGGAUUAUUCAUGCUCCCUGAAUGAUAUUGUUCAUCACACAGAGGCGUGUGAGCUGCAGUCUGAUGGUGAUAACAUAGGGGCGUGCGACUCGAGUUCUCUUUCUGAUGUUGACUAUGGGAAGCCAUGUGCAGCCCCUCAUCUGCAGGGACCCACAUUCUCCAAACAGGAAUACUACACCAAACUAGAGGAGCUGAAGAGAGAACACCUGAGAAACAUAGCCGAGCUGGAAAAACUCAACCUGAGCCAGAUCAAACCGGGUCAGAGAGAAAGACAGCUCCUUACUUGCAGGAGUCAAAAUGGAGACGAUACAGAGAGUGGACAGGUGGAGCUCAACCAGGUUGGGAGCAAGGCAUCAGUGGACCGUCUGAGGAAUGAGGUUUCUCAUCUGAAAUUAAAGGCUCGACAGAAUUCGUUAGAGGACCAAAGGAAGUUGUCACACUCUCCGCAGAACUCAUCUCUUAGUGCAGCCAAUCCGGGGAUGGACCGCCUGAGACACAAUUCCAAAGUAACCGUUCCCAAACCGUUUCGCAUGAUGCUUCGUGAAGAGGAUCGCAAACGACGCAAUGUGAAAACCCGCUCUGAGAUGGAACUAGAAAAUGAGAGACUGAAGAAAGAACUGGAUGAGCUGAAAGAGUGUAGCAAGACGUUUCGUGCUAAGCCGGCCCCGCGCUCCACGCACUUCCUUUGCAAUGACAUCAUCACUAAGCACCCAAAGAAGCUCCAGCUACAAAAAAAUCUAAUCAACCAAAUGGACCACGAUCACCAUGGAAACCACCCCAAACAAGGCUCUCAUCGCCAAACUCCUCCUCUUCCACAACAGCCAUUUAGCUUUAUUGAAAGAGAGCGAAAGAAAAGAGAGAAAAAACUAGAGGAUGAGCUAAACAACCUAAGUCCCAAAACAGAACGAAGGUUGUUUAAAGCCAGACCCUUGCCGAGGUCUCUAUAUAGGCCCAGCUCACCAACUUGCCAGAUAUACGAGGGAGUUAAUCUGAAUCACAGAGGCUCAGCACUGCCUCCUAGCAUUCUGGAGGACAUGCUGCAGGAGGGAGAGGAGGCCGAGAAUCAGUAUGAUGAUGAAUUUUCAAGGCCACAGAGCACAGAUAUAUCACGCUGCAGCAGCAACCUCAAGAAAUGGAAGAACAAGGGUGCGCUGCAGGUGGAGGAGGAGAUGGAGAGAAAGAGGAACAGAGAAAGAGACAGAGACUGGUCCUACAUUCAUCCUCUACGCAGGACCAGCCUCUGCCACAGCCAAGAACCCAUGAAUAAUGGCAAGAGUGACUACAUCAGUGUUUAAAUACUGACACAGAUACAUUAAACCAUAGCCUACAAUACAAAAUUCAUCAUCGGUACUAUAACUCUAUAACUACAUGGUGUGAUAGAAACAGAGAUCUGUUUUUUCAUUGUAUUGCUUUGGAGAAAAAUAAUUUAAUAGUGUACAUUUGUUUUGGUUAAAUGUAUUUUCAGCUGGAUUUUAAAUGGAUUCCAAAUUUAAUUCUUGCAUCAAAUAACUGAAAUAAUAUGAUACAAACAUGGUGACUCUGCAAGUUCAUUACUUUGUUAGUAGUGUACUUUGUUGUUAGUGCUUUAUUGUUCCCUUUAAUAUCAUGUCAGUUUUAAAAUGAGAAUACUUAAAGAAAUAGUU